AAUCGCGGUGAGGUACAGUAGACCAGAGAUAAAGGAGGCCCCUAGAUUCCACCGCCACUCGCAUCUCGUCGCGCGCUCUGAUCGCUGGCGUCCCUCGGGCUUCGUGGCUUCGUCCACCCUCCGGCCAAUAGCUCACUGCCAGCUGGCAUCUCCGCGAUGCCCAAGCCGCCUUGCCGGUCGGCAGCGCGCCGGCCGCCCAAUCGGGUUGUAAGACAAUCCAAGGCGGAUCGCAGGUCCUCGUCGCGAUGCGCGCGCGUUUGCGCUGCGAUCAUCGUUUCCGCCUCGCUGCUGCCGUCGCUCUCCCUCGCCGCUGAAUCCGCGGAAAAGACGCGCCGCGCCUCCAACGAAUCGCGUAAAGCAACUUCGACAGUUCCCCCCGGGCGCUGCGUGUCGCAGGGCGGGCAGUGGCCGCCCUUCUGGCUGCAUGGGAAGCUGCCGCGAAGGAGCCCCAAGGGCGGCGCGCAGGAGCUGACGCACUGCCGCGUGUACAAAGACCGGACGUGCUGCGGGCGCGACAACAGCGACCACGCCCUCGUCUCCACCAGGCGGCUGGUGGUGGGGGGGGAGCCGACUGACGACUGCAUCGCCAAGUGGGAGGCUCUACAGUGUGCCACGUGUCACCCCCUCAUUGGCACGCAGCACGGGCCGCCUGCAAUCUGCGACUCCUUCUGCAACGCCAUCUUUUCUGCCUGCGGGGCAGCAUUCUUCGCAGCUGAUGGCUCCUCCCAGCACAUCUUCCCCUGUGGCCGCCGCGACACUCUCUGCGCUCGGCUUGACUCCUUGGCUUCCUCGGGCCGCCAGUUCUGCCAGCUGGCAGGCUUCGAUUGGCUGCCUGACUCGCACGGCGCAGGGGUGGAGAGGAGAGGGGGGCGUGGGGAGGAGAUGGGGGGGAGAGAGGGCGAGGGGAGGGGCGAGAGGUUCUGUUUUGAUGGCACGCUCACCGCUGCUGCUAGUAAAGCGAGGGGGGGGCACAAGGGGGGAGGAGGGAGCGGGGAGAAGGGGGGUGAUGAGGAGGAGGAGGCGGAGGAGGGCAGCAGUGGGUGGUGGGAGCAGUGGGUGGGCAGCGAGAGGGGGAGGCCGUUUGGGGGCAAUGUGGUGUGGCUGGUGUGCGGGCUCGUGCUCACAGCUGGCCUCACUUACUUGCGGUGGGUGGGGGCGCGCAGCAGGCGCAGGAGGGCUGCCAUGUUCGCCCUGAGGCGGGUGGAGGCACGCGCCAGGCAGCAGCAGCAGCAGGCGGAGGGGGUCAGGGCAAGGCAGCAGCAGCAACUGACUGAGGCCGUGGGCCCUGCUGCCCCGGCCUCUGUCCCCUCGACCGCCCCCACCCCUGCCCACGCCACUGUUGCUACCACCACUGCCCGCAGCUCUGCACGGCAAUCUGCCCGCCUGCCCGCCUCUCCUCCUCGGUAGUGGCCGUGGCUGCAAGGGCGCAUGGGGGCCGGGCCAUGGGUCACGAUGUCUAGAUGAGCACGAGGUGCCUUGUCAAACCGUGAUGUGCUUCAGAACAUGUAUUGCGAAACGUUUCAUCCCGCUUCAAACAAUCCUCUCACAAGGGCUGCAGUCGCAGCUGUGAGGGACAAGAGAGACGGGGAAGAGAGGAGAGCAGAGGAGGUGAGUCUCAGAGUAACAGAUUAACUAGAAUGAUGAGGUACAAGGGAAUAUAACCUAAGGUGUUCUAUUCUCUGUGAGCAUGCACCUAUCUAGCCUAUAAAAUAUAUGUUGACCC